UUGCCGGCUCUGCUUCUGUGUGAGCUAGUCAGUAGUUCUCCAUGGCGGCGGCGAGGGCGGGCGCGGCUGCCCGGCGGCUGUGCCACGCGGCGGCGGCGGCGCAGCCCCCGCGCCUGAAGAAGCUCGCGCUGCACCCGCCCAAAUCCGUAGAGGUUCAAUUUGCAGAUGGCAGUACAUUCCAUCUGUCGGCUGAGUUUCUCAGAGUCUACAGUCCAGCAGCUGACAGCAAGAUCAGAUCAAUAGCUGGCGAGAAGGUUAUAUUUGGGCGCCGACAUGUUGGAAUAAUGUCAGCUGAAUCAAUAGGAAACUAUGGAGUCCGGAUACUGUUUGAUGAUUUGCACAAGACUGGGAUCUUCACUUGGGAUUACUUGCACCAUCUGGGUUCUAACAAAUUCAGUCUAUCACGAAAUUAUAUCAGAAUUUUGAGGAAACAUGGUCUUAGUCGGGAUCCUCAGAGAAGGAAAUGACGAUAAGUGUUUGCGUGUGUUAAACAUGUAGAUACGACGGAACUCAAAUAGGCUUUGCCUACCAUGUCCUGGAAUUCAGAAAAACUGUUGCCUUGAGGGAGAUGGAUGGAGCUUCUGCAUGUGUACGGAAUCUCUUAUUUAGAUAACUUGGUACAUAGUGACUGAAACUGUGUUUACGUUGAAAAUAUGGUAAAAUUCUUUACACCGAGUUUAUAUAUGUGCUGGAUGGGAUUGUAUGUC